AUGUUGAAUCAAUACAAUACACCUCCAAGAAUACCUAAACCUUCCCCUGUUCCUUAAAAUUAAGAAUAAUACUUACAUGUUGUACUUCAUGAAAGAUAAAUUCAAUAAUAAUAGCGAUAUUAUACUCCUCCAUUAAUCAAACCUCCUUCAUUAUAAACUAUUUCCACUUAACUUAAUUCUCCCAUAUCCAAUUAACCAAAACAGCAACAAUAUAGUGUCAUAUAAUAAGUCAAUCAAAAUGAUAUGUAAAACCAAUAUCAUCAAAUCAUGCAAUAUUACAAAGAGUUAGAUAUGAAUAUGCAAUAAUAAAAAUAAGAAAAUUAUCUAAAAUAUAAUGAAAUUCUAUAAAAAAUUGAUAACAUCUAAUAAAUUAUGGUUUAUAAUAUUAAUUAAUUGAAUAUUAAUCAAAGAAAUGAAUAUCAAUAAUUGUUACAUGAAUUAUAAUAAUAAAGAUUAGAAAACUAGAAAAGAUAUGAAUUAUUGAUCCAAAAUAUCGAAUAAUAAAAAGAUUAGAAUCAUUAUAUGAAUUAAUAGUAAUAAAGAGAAAUAUUAAUCCAAUAGUAACAUUAAAUAAUUGAGCAAUAAAAACCAAAUUUAUCUAACUAACAUCAUAAUAUAAUUAAACCUCCUUAACCUCUUUAUUAAAAUCACGCUUCAAAACCUAUCUAUUAAGAACAAAAAUUAAUAGAAUAACACCAAUAAAAUUAACUCAACUACUCUCAAAUUCACAACAGAUCUAGUAAGUAGUCUUCUCCUCAAGUUUAUAUGUCAAAAAGAAAUUAAUCCUAAGAUAAUAAUACUUUUGGAAUUAAUUCUGGCCAGCUUAAUCCAUUUAUUUAAUAAUCUCCAUCAUAAAUUAAUCCUCCAGAAUAAUAUUAAUCUCCCUCUAAUAAAUAAAUCAUUAAUAAUUAAAUGUCAAAUCAAAUUAUUUUAUAAACCAAAUCUCCAAGGCAAUAAAUAUCCCCUUGUAUUUGUAUGAAUAGUCCAAACAAUAUUAGCAGAGAUAAUUCAAUUUCACAUUAAAAAAAAUAAAUAUUUGAAAAGCCAAUUUUUGAAUAGUUUAAUAAUUAACCAACAUUUAAUUAUAAUCCUAAAAUAAAUAAUCAAGAAAAUCCAGUAAUAUAAUAAUAUUAAGUGCAAUAACCAUUUAAUUCUAAUGAAAGCAUAAUUAUUGACGAAUCUAAUAAUUCAUCAGAAUUAUUAUAAUAAUUAAAAUUAGAAUAUGGAAUUAAUAGCUUGCCUUAAAAUACUUCUUUGUAGCCAAUUUCUAAUUAAUUAUAAUUAAUUUAUUGUUUGUAAUGUGAUCAAUACAUAUCCAUUUAAUUGUCUGAUUAACAUCUUUAAGUUUGUAAUUCUUAAAGACCUUAAAAAAGAUAAAAUGAUAACUAUUUAGAUAAAUACAUUAUAUAAAUGGGGGAUAAUUUCAUAAUUGAAACAUUUGAAGCCAAAUACAUUAGAAUAUGCAAAGAAAUCAUGAGAAUUAAAUAAAUGAUGCAAUUGGCUUAAUUACAAAAGUGGACAACAUAUGAAUAUUUAUAAUUGCGAGAGCUUUGUUAAAUAGCAAAUAUAAUACUGGAUAGAUUGUUGUAAAAUCCAGACUCUUCUUCAAUAAUAAAAUAUUAUCAACAUAUUCAAUAAAUUUUUAAUGUUGUUUAUAUGGCACCAUAAAUCUUUUAUAAACAAUAGGCAAAAUUAUUGUAAAAAUGCUUAGAUCGUAUAAAAGAAUUAUAAUAGCUUCUUAAAAAAUGA